UAUUUUGAUUCCCCUGCUUGUGUUCUUUCUGGCUCCAAGAUGAAGGAAGCCAACAUGGCCACGACGGCUGCGGGCAUGGAGGCGCUCCUGCGAGCCGCCGUGCGGGAGGACGCCGAGCACCGGGACGACGGCUUGUGCGUGGUGGGCAUCUUCGGGAAAAGCAACAUGCAGGUGGGCGCGCUGAAAGAGUCGCUGGUCAACAACGUGGCGGACAAGCACAUCUUCUCGGUGUUCGGCGGGCCGGAUGAUGAUGAUGAUGGCGGCGGCAUUCAGGCUUUCUACAGCCACGACAACCGAGUCUUGUACCUGCUGCUCACUUCCGUGUGCGACAGCGGCCAACUGCUGCGGGCCUGCCGGACUCUGAGCGCCGGGGCCGGUCACGCCGACUCGCACGACUUCUGGAAGGGUCUGGAUAGGCAGCACUGCCUCCACCUGCUGUACAUGUUCUCCGUGUGCCAUGUCCUCCUGCUCGUCCACCCCAACCACACCUUCGAUGUCACCUACGACCGACUCUUCCGAGCUUUGGACGCCCUGCGGCAGAAGGUGCUGCCCCUUAUCCGGGCGGCCAUCAAGGACUGCCCGGUGUCAAAAGAGUGGAAGUUGAACUGUCGGCCAUGUCCUCCAAGACUUCUCUUCAUCUUCCAGAUGAACGGAACUCUCAAGGUGUCAAACGGUUCCGAGUCAGGUUCUAGCUCCGACAAGCCUAAGAAGCACUCCCCCAGAAGGCGCCUGCAGCACGCCCUGGAGGACCAAAUCUACCGCAUCUUCCGCAAAAGUCGAGUCCUGACCAAUCAGAGCAGCAACUGCCUGUUCACCGUGCCCGCCAACCAGGCGUUCGUCUACGUGGCGCCGGCCGCCGACGAGGACCCCGUGGGCUCCCUGUUGGGCCAGCUGCGGUCCAACUGCAUCCUGUGCGAGCAGGAUUCCAGCACGCAGCUGACCGGGCCUAAGCGGUACCAGCAGAUGCGGCGCUUGGUCCGCCAAUCUGGCUCUGGCGUGGACCUGUUUGGGGCGUCGGCGGGCGGUCAGCUGGUGGACUGUAGCCUGAAGGAGUUCCUGUGGCAGCACGUGGAGUUGGUGUUGACCAAGAAAGGCUUUGACGACAGCGUCGGACGCAACCCUCAGCCCUCGCACUUUGAGCUGCCGACCUACUGCAAGUGGGCCCAGGUCGCCUUAAGACUCCACCAAGUCCUCGUGGGCGGCGCCGAGGAGGAGGACGACGUGGAGAUGGCGGCGAAAGUGCAGAGCCAGCUGAAGGUGCUGGACGCUUUCCUGGACGCGGACACCAAGUUCUCAGAGAACCGAUGCCAGAAGGCGCUGCCUUUGGCCCACAGCGCCUACCAGUCCAACCUACCCCACAACUACACCACCACCGUACACAAGAACCAGCUGACGCAGGCGCUGCGGGUCUACAGCCAGCACGCCCGCGGCGUGGCGUUCCAGCGCUACGCCCUGCAGCUUCACGAGGACUGCUAUAAGUUCUGGAGCAACGGACACCAACUGUGUGAGGAGCGUAGCCUCUCCGACCAACACUGCGUACAUAAGUUCCACCUUCUGCCGCAGCCAGGGGAGAAGACGGACGUGGAUCACAACCCGCCCAUUCUUAGCCACAACAGCAGGGGGCGCUACACCAGCUCCUGCAACUGUGGAAGGAAGCAGACGCCACGCGAGGAUCCAUUUGACAUACAGGCAGCAAAUUAUGACUUUUACCAGUUACUGGAGGACAAAUGUUGCAGUAAGCUGGAGAGGAUCAACUUUCCUAUCUUCCAGCCGAGUACUCCCGACCCGGCCCCAGCCAGCAACCAGGUCCAGCGCCCCGCUAACGAAGCGUCCGGGGCAGGUGACGCAGAACAGCUGAGGGAGCCUAGCACUGCCCAGAGCCACACUCCCGGAGACACCAGCCUGAGCUUGGCCCUCAGCCUGGGCCAGUCCACAGACAGUCUGGGUCCUUACGGCGACGGGGAGGCAGCUGAAAGCCAAGUCCAGCAGAAGCGCCCGAGCCUCGCGGACCGCCAGCCCUCCACUGUGGAGUACCUCCCAGGUAUGAUGCACUCGGGUUGCCCUAAGGGCCUGCUGCCCAAGUUCUCCAGCUGGUCCCUGGUCAAGCUGGGCCCGGCCAAGUUGUACAACUGCCACUCGGGUCUAGAACAACCGGGCUUCCUCCCCGGCUCUUCCUUCCUCCUGCCGUGGGACUUGGUGAUCCGCUCCCGCACUGACGAGGAGGCCGUCCUGGAGGCUUUGGACGGGGGCGCCUCCUCAUGGCCGGUCCCCAAUAAGACCCUCGUAAGCAAGCGGGGGAACGUCGGGAGUCUCGGCAGGGGCCGCAGGAGGGAUGAUACAGCGCGGGCCUUCGUGGGGUUCGAGUACGAAGAUGGCAGGGGGAGACGCUUCAUCAGCUCCGGUCCUGAUAAGGUUGUGAAGGUGCUUGGCCCGGGUGGUGCCAAGGACCCCGCCAGCAGGGUGCUGAACACCGACAUGCCGCUGUACAUCCCGUCGCCCUCUCAGGGCCGCGGCGUGAAGCCUCACUUUGCUCAGCUGAUGCGCCUUUUUAUCGUGGUACCAGAGGCUCCGCUAGAAGUGACCCUCAAUCCUCAGGUCCAGCCAGGUCCGUCCCCGUGUCCGCUUUUCCAUCCCGAGCAGACCGAUUUGGUGUUGCCACCCGACAGCUUCUGGGUGCUGCGCUUCCCUUUCGCCUACGCCACUGAGCUCGGACCCUGCUACCCCCCCAAGGAGAACCAGCCCCUCAACAACUACAAGGUGCUGCGAGGGAUCCUUAAAGCCACCACGGCCAACCCUCAAUGAAGCCGUCCCGGACAAAACUCUCCUGCAGUUUUUGAGCACAUGACUUUAAGAUUCAUGUCUUGAUCGUGGCAACUCUGAAAACCUCCUGUCAGUUAGUUAGGAACAACAACAAUAUUUCAACGGUCCCUAUAACCGUUAGAAAUAUUCCUCCAACCAACGGUGGAAAUACUCGUAACUCAAGGCGUGCUCGCAAUUUAAAGCAUAAGAAGACGGCUCAUAUCGCAAGGUAGUCGUAAGUUGAGGUACCACAGUACUACAGUAUUUGAUGUGCGUGUAUACGACUCUUCAGAAGGACACACAGUCCACCCUCUGACUUCAGAGCAAAAUUUGUAGUGUGACAUGCGUUUUGACAAACGGCCAGCAGAGGGCGGUUAAUAACAUGGGACCUCAAGAAGAAGAAGAUCAGGAAACUUGAGCCAGUUUGAGAAAGUACAUCAAAGUACUUUGGCCACCAAUGUAAAUGUUAAUUUUUGCCAGGAUUCCAACCAUAACGGUGUGGGUGAGUUUUUUCCAACAUUACACUAUAGUUUAUACAUUCUAAAUAUAGCUCCUACAAUUGUGUUAACAUUUAGAUAAUAAACCUUACUAUGAACACCA